AUGUAAACCUUCUAUUGUAUUCUUUCUCGAAGCCAAAGAUCCAAUCUUUUUACCAUAUUUCUUAGUACAAAGGUUGUCAUUGGUAAAUCUCCCACCAAAGCAAGAAAAAUUGGUGACACGGGAGGCACCAACCAAGAAAAAGGUUUGUGUCUCCUCUUGUAUUGAGUUGCAAAGGACCAAAGCAAGAGAAGGCAGAUGGAAUUUGAGAGCAGCAGUUGGAUAAAAGAUGGGGUUUGUUUCUAUCCCCAUCUCUUUGGUGGUAUUAUGAUCACUUGUGCGCUGCUCAGUUUCUCAACGAGUUACUUCGGUAUGAUUGGUGUCCCACCCAUGCCUCACCUUUUUCCUGACUUGAGGGUUUUCCACAAGAAAAAAUCCGCUAAGAAACAUGUUCGUGUAUAUAUGGAUGGAUGUUUUGAUCUUAUGCACUACGGUCAUGCCAACGCACUGAGACAAGCUAAGGUACUGGGAGAUGAAUUAGUUGUUGGAGUUGUCAGCGAUGAAGAGAUCAUAGCCAAUAAAGGGCCUCCCGUUUUGUCUAUGGAAGAGAGACUUGCACUUGUUAGUGGAUUAAAGUGGGUGGAUGAAGUAAUUCCUAAUGCUCCCUAUGAGAUUACAGAAGAAUUUAUGCACCGACUUUUUAAGGAUCAUAAAAUUGAUUAUAUAAUACAUGGUGAUGAUCCUUGUCUUCUUCCUGAUGGAACUGAUGCCUAUGCUCUAGCUAAGAAAGCUGGUCGCUACAAGCAGAUCAAACGUACAGAAGGUGUAUCCAGUACGGAUAUUGUAGGAAGGAUACUUUCGUGGGUGAAAGAAGCUAAUGUCGGCAAACUAUGCUUAGAAUCAUCUCAAUCGGAUGAAAGUGAAAAUAUAAACAGCAGCGCUACUAACAAAGUUCAAGCAAAGGGUGUCCAGGUUUCAAGUUUCCUCCCUACUUCAAGAAGAAUUGUGCAGUUUUCAAAUGGCAAGGGUCCUGGACCAAAUUCCCGCGUUGUGUACAUCGAUGGUGCUUUUGAUCUUUUCCAUGCUGGACACGUGGAGAUUCUAAAGAGUGCCAGGGCACUUGGUGAUUUCCUUCUUGUUGGUGUUUAUCCCGACCAGACUGUGAGUGAACUCCGUGGCUGUCGUUACCCGCUGAUGACUCUCCACGAACGCAGCCUUAGUGUGUUGGCCUGCCGUUAUGUCGAUGAGGUCAUUAUUGGUGCGCCUUGGGAAGUCACAAAAGAUGUGAUGACCACAUUCAACAUAUCUUUGGUGGUACACGGGACAGUAGCUGAGAAGAACCCUUUCUCGAACCGAAAACAUGAUCCAUACGCGGUUCCAAAAUCUAUGGGGAUUUUCCGAACGCUAGAGAGCCCGAAAAACAUCACUACCACUUCGAUAGCAGAGAGAAUCAUUGCCAACCAUGAGAUUUAUUUGAAACGAAAUGCAAAGAAAGAAGCAAGUGAGAAGAAAUAUUACGAGGAGAAGAAAUUUGUGGCAGCAGACUGAGUAGAUCCAAUUUUGUUCUUAGGAAUCCGUCGAGAAAAAGUUCGAUUGUUUUGUAGAAUUUUAUUACGGCCAGUUUCACCUCUAUCGAUCGGUAUGUAUUUGUAAAUUAUCAGAUGCCACCUCUUUUAUUCGUUUAUUUUUUCGCA